CGUUGAAGCAAGUAUGGGCGGGUGAACGUCAGUUUCGCUCACGGCAAUACUCUCCGAAAGCUCGCGUACGUACUUUGCCGUGUUUAUGUUCAAUCUACCGGCCCGGUUCGGAUCCCAAUUUUCCCGAUACAUUCCCACGAAACGCUCUGUGUGGGUUGCGUAUUGCUCCUUUUGCGUGCCGAUACGUCAUAAGAUCACAUGUUUGAAGCUAACAACAUCGCGUCCGUGUGCUUUUCCCAUUAGGAAAAAUCGGUGAACGGAGUGCAAACAUAUACGAUCGAAAAUUGUAUUUCUUUUUUUUGUGCUGUGUUCGGCCCUGUUUGUUAUUGUGCGCUUUCGAGCCCCUGUCGAUACUUUAUGCUCAUCCGUAGACCGGUAAACCGUCAAGGUCGCGACCAAACCAAUGCGUGUGCGCAUUUUGAAAGGAGACAAAAAGACCGGUAAAGUGUUGUAAAUUUUAAAUUUUCGGUAACGUCCUUCAGAGAUCACACAACGCAUCUCCGUCUUGUGCGGAAAAUCAGUCUCCAUUUAAUGGCCAACGCCGGGCGGGGGGAGUGAGCGCGCCUCCGGCAGCGGAACGCUUUCGGUUGCUUCGAUUCGAUUGUGUUGAUUCAUGGUGGCCGGAUGAAGGGGGAGAGCAGCACGGGGAGGGGGAGGGGUUGGUUUUUCCACAAAACAAAUCAUUACUGCCAUCGUGACAGUGCUUUACUUUAAUUAGUGUAAUGUUCAUGCAUGGUUUCAAAAGUGAAUGUUCAAUGUGCACGUGUGUAUGUGUGUUGUUUGUCUCUUAUUUGCGUAAGCUUCUUUUGAGCAGGUUUGAAAGGUUUUCGGUGUGCUUCAAUUUAACUCAACCAAUCAUCAUCUCCAGCUUGUGUAAGAAGCGAAACGAAUUAUGAUUAAAUCUACUCAUCUUUACAAAGUGCUUGUGUUUGUGUACUAACUACAUCGGUGUUUGCGAACGAAUGAACGGAUUAUACGCGACACAGGAAUGCGGAGCAGCGACAACGAUCGAUCAUCUUAGCGAUUAAAAAAAAUAAGAAGUUCGAUGGCCCCAAGAGCAUGGCACGAAAUUCAAGGAUGCAGCGCAAAUAGAACAUUUACCAGCAACACCUCACCACAAUAUCCUGCUGUCGCAAUGAAAGUGACAGUGAAAUGUGAAACUCAAUACACGCCGUAAAGAAUCAUCUGCGGGAGAAAGGAGCGAACAGCUCUAGACAAUGAAACGACACAAACGCUCCUGUCGGCAUGUGCAUUCGGAAAAGACUUGUACCGCAUUGUGUCAGUUUGUGUUCUUAUUGUUCCGUGCAAACCCAUAUAACAUUCUCUGUGAAAGUGAGCCGCUCUAGCUGGGAGUGAGCUGUGCGAGUGUGUGAGCGUAAUCAGGACAGUGGCAACCCUUCCACCCACCGUAAGAUGCCGUGGGGUUGCCUCUGUUCCAAGGAGAAAAAACGGCCCCAAAUCAGCAGUCCGAUACUGAACCCGGAGGAUACCCAGAAGCUCCAGUUACUUCCCGCCGUUAGACGUCCGCUGCUAUCGGACGCGGAGAAACUCGAGCAACGGUUGCUGGCCCCGAACCGGAACGCCGACUUUGACAACGAGAGCAGCGAGGAGACGCAGCCUCCGAACGAUGCCGGCCGUGAUAGACUCCAGCAGCAGCUGCUCCAAAAAUCGCGCCUCAAGUCCUCGAAUCUCAAGAGCACGACCUACACCCGCAACACCGAAAACGACAAGCUAACGCGCCACCUGAACACGGUCAAGUUUAGCUUCGACGAGCCCGUUCCCCAAAAGCCGGACAAUGUCACGGCGGAGGGCGCACCGAAGCCUCAGCGGAAGCUGUCCGACCGUGGCGAGCCACCUCCAAAGCCGGACCGCCGCAUAACGACCACCACGCAGCAGAUUGUGGUGAAGCUGCCGGAAAUGGUGGCAAACGUGUCGCUGGAACAGCAGCAAAGCGGCGCCGGCAGGGAUGAGAUCGAUUGCAAUGGAAAUGGGAACUAUGAUGUCGUGGUGCCGUCGAUAAACGUCUGUGACGACGGUGGUGUCCAGAGCGACGGCAAAGCGGCUGCACCGGUUGACGAGAACAAGAACGAAAUCAUAGCGCCGGGCAGCAGCGAGGGCAGCAUACCGUUCAUUGACGAAGAUCCGUCGCAGAUACUGAGACAGCUGAAUGCCAAUCCCCAGCGAGGUCAAAAUUUCCAUGACGCUCGUAUCAUUACGCUCACACCAAAGAAUGUCGGAUCGGAGGCGACGCGAGCGACGGCGGCCGCGGUGGCCAGCGACCAGGUGCACCGGGAGGCACAGCUGCGCCUGCUGGCGGACACGAAAAAGUUUACCCGUUUUCUGGUGGAACCACCGCCGGUGGCGAGUGUUGAGGCGGUAAAGUUUACGCACAUUUUCCAGAUUCUGCCACCGUCGUACGAUCGGUUGUGUCAGCAGUGCCACAGGGCGCUCCAUCUGGACAUUGGAUUGCGCUGCGUGGUGUGCGAUUUCACCUGCCAUCAGCAGUGCGUGCGACUAGAAAAGGUAAAACUGGUUACGCUGCCUAUUUCAGCGCAAUUCAAAAAUGGCCGGGAAGAGGAACAGCAAACAAUCAACAAGUACAACUCGCUACCACUGCAUACGACCAACGCCCAGCAGCAGCAGCAACAGCCCAGGCCAACCACAAACCUGAACCAUGUAAAUAACAACCAUUACCAUAAUUAUUCGCUUCAACCGUACUACAACCGGCAGCAGCAGCAGCAGCAUCAGCAGCAGCAACAGCAACUACAGCAUCACUCGUAUCCUGUCGCACGAAUCGACGAGGAACCGGCGGCCCAAUCGCUCCGGCUAAACUACGUGACGGAGCGGAUUCUCGCGUCAACGUUACCGGCCCGGCGGCUUCAGAAUGGCUCGUCGUCACCGCACGCCCCGAACGGCACGCCGCCCGUCGACGAGCACGAGCGCGAACUCAUCAACAUGCUGGAACAGAAGCAUAAGCAGAACUACCGGAUACUGGAUCUGGAGGCGCGUCUCGUCAACAUCACGCUCGAGAAGCUGUGCGAGCUGUGCAAAUACAUCGAUUCCUGGCUGGGCAGCGGGAAGGAAAAGAUUGUCGUUCUACAGGACAGGGAAGAUAAACAUCGGCUCGGGACGGCGAUCGCAGCGUACCUGCAGUAUCAAAAAAUCUGCGGCUCGAACAUUCCGCAAGCUAGCGGCCAGUCGAAGAAUUCCCUUUCGCCCGGCGGUACCGACAAUGGGCGGCGGACGCCCACCUGGCUCGAUCUGGACAUCUACUCGAUGCAAAAGUUUCUGGAAACGGUCGCCGGUCCAUUGCGCAUUCCUUCCCACAGGAGAUACAUUCAAUACUUCUCCGGGCUGCUGUCGGGUGUGAUCAAGUUGAAUUCGUCCUCCUUCUUCCUGAAAGCGAUACGGGUCGAAUCGCCGCCAUGUUUGCACUACCGUGCCAUAACCGUCAACAGCGAGUGGCGCAGCUUCAUCAAGAUCUUCGAGGGCGUCCGGUGUCUGUUCACGUCCGACAUCUACGUCAUACCGAUCACAACGCGGCACUUCAUCUACGAGAUCAAGCAUCCGCUGCGGUUGCGCGGCGACAUCCUGGUCCGCUGCUACCAGAUCAUACCAAAUAACAACAAGGCGACGUACGAGAAGGAGCUGAUCGCGUCCGUGCAAUUUCACACAUGUGCCAUAACCGAAAAGGAAGUACAAUUCACCAAGGGAGAUGUAGACUUCGCGUGCGAAGACGAGCGUUUCUCCGCCGAGCACAGGAUGACGUUCUGCUUCGACACCGUGCCGAACGAGCGGCCGAUGAUACUAGUGUUCCAGGAUCCGCUCGUGCGCAUAGAGCCGAUCGCGGAGAACGGUGAUCUGCUGGAAACGAUCAAUGAAGAUGAGUCCGGCCAUACGCAGGGUCCGCUGGAUGGAUCGCUGUACGCGACGAUACUGAAGAGCCCCAAGUCGCCGACGGCAACGACGCACCUCAUCUCGCCGCCGGCCGAGUUCAGCAACGGCAGCGGCAAGUCGUUGCUGCUGCUGAACGGCAACGGUCCACCGCCCCCGGUGCCGGAGCGUUCCAAGACGCCGAACUCGAUCUAUCUCAGCCAGAACGGGACGCCCCGCAGUACGCCGGUACCGUUUGCGCUGGCACCGCCACCCGCCGCCAGCCCAGCGUUCGGGGACAGGAGUGUAAGGGCCGUGUCGGGUGCUAGCAAUAGUGUCAGCGUGAACAGCAGCUACAGCUCGUACCAGAGCGCCAGUCCGGGUGUCGCCAGCGUACCCGAUGGUGGCAGUCCCGGAGCGACACUAGCGACGCCCGGCGGUACGAAAGCGAGACCACCGUCCGCUCAGCAGGUCGAUGGCCGCGAGUCGGUGCGCAGUCCGCUGACGGUGUCCAUGGACUCGGGCAUCUCGAGCAGUGGCCCAGUUAAUCGUCGCGUACAGGGAUCCAGCGUUUCGCCGUCAAGUUUUCCGAGCCCCCAAGCUAGUCCGCAAGAUGAUCGCCACCGGGAGCUGGACGACCUGCUGUCCGAUAUGAUGCUCACCGUGCAGGGCAUCCCGGACGUUGGCCAAAAAGCAGACCAAACAGACCAUCAUCAAUCGCAGCAGCCGCAGCAGCAACAGCAGCAGCAACUACAGCAGCAUCAACAUCAUCAUCACCACCAUCAUCAUCAUCAUCAGAAUCCCAACGAUCACUUUGUCAACACGAACACCGACACGAUCAAGCGCUCGCACUCAGCCCAGCUGCCGCAGCGCGAGGACGCCCGCUCGCGUACCCCACUCACAGCCGUGAGUGACUACUCGCCCGCCACGGCGGCGGCGGCGGCGGCCGCGGCCGCAAAGGAGCGCGAGCUGCUCAUGUACGAAACGUCCAGCACGACGACCACGCUCACGCCACCGCCGAGCGAGAGUGGCCGCGAGACGCCACUGCUGAGUGGCCCGUCGUACGCAGCAGCAGCAGCGGGCACGAUUCGCGAACGCGAGCUGCAAAAUAUAAAUAACAAUAAUCUGACGCCAGCCGAGCGCGAGCUGAUCAUGAGCGUGCAGCGCCACCAGCAUCAGUCGCUUGCGUAUCCUCGGCCAGCGCGGUCGACCACGGGAGCAUCGGAACGGUUCACCUCGGACGACGACGACGAUCUGCUGGUGCACGGCGGAACCGGCUCUGUUGCCCAGAUCCCGUACCACGCGCGGGAAGACUCGCGCCCGUUCACGUACGGCAACAUACCGGCGACCGGGACGCCGCAGCAGCCGCCGGCCGCCACCAUGCUCAAGAUGCAGUCGGGCCUGUCCAGCCCGUCGAUGGUGCGGAAGGCGCUCGGGACGCCGACGGCGUCCCGCAAGACCGCCGGCACCCUGCCCCGCAACGACUUCGAGGAGAUGUUGCGCGAACGGCGCGAAAAAGUGCUCAGUGAAAAGUACACCAUCGGCGAUCAGUCGCCCGGUGGUGGCAUGAUGGUCAGUGACACCAUCAACAACAACAACAGCAGCAGCGGUGGAGAUGGCCGAUGGACCUACCAGCAGCAUCACACGGUGAAAACGGUCACAACGCAGGGCGGCGGCGGCGCUGGGACUCCGAACGGCUACCCGGCCCACGAACCGCUGAAGCGCUCCAACACGAUGGACGGCAGCUUCGGACGCCAGUUCUCCAACGAAGGAAUAUCCGGCCAGUCGUGGCUCCAGUUACAGCAGCAAAAGCUAAGGGCACGCCGGGAGCAGCAGCGGCGGGAACAUUCGAAUAGUUUUAGUUACAACUACGGCAGUCCGGCCUUCCCGACAGUCGGCGAGAAUGCGUACAGCACGACGCACCGUCGCAGCCAAACACUGUCGCCGGUGCGGAACGAGCGGAACUAUCACACGCUUACCACGACCCGGACCCACUCGAUGGAGCGGCCGUUUGUGGCGGUACAGCGAGCGCACGACAACGCCAAGCUCCAGACAAUUGGGAAUGCACCACUCUCCAUCUUGAAUGCCUCACCGCACGGUCACAUUGCACAAGCCCAAACAGCACCUUCAUCCUCCACACCAUCGCCAUCGGCGGUGUCGUCCCCGUCGCCGGUACCGCCGGCCAACGGCAACACCACUACCACCAGCAGCAGCAGCAGCACCAACAACACAUCGGUAUCGAUCACCCAUCAUCAUCAGACGGUUAAUGGAGGCGGUAGCCCGGUCAAUGGUCACGCAACGCCCCAGCCGCAGCAUCGGCACGUCAACGGCAAUGGCGCACAUUAUCAGCAGCAGCAACAACAACUUAACAACAGCCUGAACGGCAGCAGCGGACUAUUGUCCCUUGCCGAGCAGGACCACUCGACUCCGAAACACGGACAGGUUCGAUUGGAGUCCGAACAGAUCAUAUUCAGUAACAUACACAGUCUGAACAAUCUCGCUAACUGCGAAAAGCUCAAUAACCUGCUAAACGAAAUAACCAACAGUGCGGCGGCGGUCGCGUCCGUUGCGUCGCCCGAGCCGAUGCCGCUGCAGGGGACCGCCACCGGUGGCCCGGACGCAUGCAAUACUAGCCCUAACACUACUACCUCCAGUGUAACUACCACCAGCUCCUCCUCGUCUGCUUCCUCCAUGUCCACUAGCAAUCAUAGUGCAGGUCACAUUAAUCAAACGCAUCAUCUAAUCGAUACGCCGUACCAUGAACAUCAUCAUCAUCAUCCACCAACGCCGAACGCUCACCGACGUCACCAAAAUGGCUGCCACCGUAAUGGCGAGCAGGAACCGAUGGAGCUGUCCUCCUCGCCGGAGGGUAGCGUCGAUGAGAAGCCACCACCACCACCACCGUCGUCCACCAAUGGUGAGCGACUGCGUAAUGGGCACUCGAGCUCCUCCACCUCCUCCGACAGUGCGAUUGGUGGCCAUGGGCAGCUGGCCCUCGAUAAGCUGCUCGCCUCCCUGGCGCUCGAAAGCGACGUUACGGAAGAGCAUCUGGCCAAGAUUGAAGGACGCGCCGCCGCCAACGGGGUGCUGUGCUAUGCCGAGCAGCGGCGGCCCACCUUCCAUCCGUCGGCCGAGCUGUCGGACGUGCUGGCCAAUCUGGCCGAGUACGAUCUGAGCGAAACGCAGCAGCGCAAUGGCAACCACCUGCUGUACCACUAUCAGCAGCAGCAGCAGCAGCACCAGAACAACGCCUCCUCGUCCUCGUCGUCGGGUGAUACUACCACGACCAACGGUAACUAUCGGCUGUAUCCAACCCACGGCUCGGAGCUGGCGAACGUUGGUGGAGGCUUCAACACGCUAAGCAAUGGUGGUAGUAGUAGUAGUCAACACCAACGUAGUGCGAGUCGCUCGAGCAGUAACGACGCAGCCGCUGCACAGCAGCAACAGCAGUCACAAAACAGCUCGCCGAACGUACAGCAGCAGCAGCAGCAGCAACUCCAUCACCACCACCACCACCACCAUCAUCCCCAUCAUUCGUUACUAAUGAAUAACCACGUGCGACGAAUCGCGUCCGAAACCGACAGCACCAUCUCAUCCAUUUCGCCUAGCUUGUCCGAACGCAGCAAUGCGAUCUCUUGGUGCGAUCAGGCUCGAGAAGAAUCCUUCUCGUCGUACCGCUCGGAAACGGAGCCGGACAACUCACCGAUGGGUGGAUCACCGCGGCCAGAAACGCCGGCCUUCCCUGUCACGCCACGCACACCGUACGGGCUGAGCAAUGGUACCUCCAGUCCCGCUCUGCCACCCAAGAGUCCGACAUCACAACGAUAUAACUCUGCCUGGUCGCUACGAAGCCAGAAAUCCAGCGUAUCAACGUACGACGUGAGCAAGGACCUGUUCAGUGGCAACCAGCAGCGGACCCAGGAGCUCGUCAACCAGAACGAAACCCUCUCCUGCUACACGUCGCGCCGCAACUCGACCACCUCGAACGCGAACAGCGAACCGCAGGAGGUGGCCCCCCAGUUCGUGAAGUUUGCCCGCGACUCCUCCAAGUACUGGUACAAGCCGAACAUUAGCCGGGAGGAAGCGAUCGCCCUGCUGCGCAAUGCGGCCCCGGGCACGUUCAUCGUGCGCGAUUCGACCACCUUCGCCAACGCGUACGGUUUGGUGGUGAAGGUGAACCAUCCGCCGCCGGGCGUCCAGUACACCGGCCCGAACAGUGAGGAGCUGGUGCGCCACUUUCUGGUCGAGCCGACGAUCCGGGGCGUCCGGUUGAAGGGCUGCGCCAACGAGCCCGUCUUCACCUCACUGUCGGCGCUGGUGUACCAGCAUUCGAUUACGCCGCUAGCCCUACCGUGCCGGUUGAUCAUCCCCGAUAUGGACCUUCAACAGAUGGAGCAUCAGACACCGGCGCAGCAGCAGUUACUACAGCAGGGUGCAGCCUGUAACGUGCUGUACUUGUUCACCUGCGACACAGAGUCACUUACAGGACCUCAAGCAAUAAGGAAGGCGGUCAGUUCGUUGCUUGCACUACGGCCUCUUCCCAAACCGACGCAAGUGCACUUCAAGGCCUCGUUGCAGGGUAUCACACUGACAGACAACACGCGACAAUUGUUCUUUAGGCGACACUACCCAUCAAACAAUGUGUCAUUCUGUGCGCUCGAUCCGGACGAUCGUCGAUGGAGCAUCCAGUCGACUACGGGAGAUAUUCCCGCUUCCAAACGUAUGUUCGCGUUCGUCGCCAAGCGGUCACCCUCGUCGGCCGACAAUCAGUGUCACGUGUUCUGCGAGCUGGAACCAACGCAACCGGCGGCGGCCAUCAUCCAGUUUGCCAACAAGGUGCUCAGCGGUACCAGUCAACAGCCUGCAGUUACCAGAGCAAUCUGAGCAGAAUGAGCAAGCAUAUAUUCCGGGAUGUACGCCCGAGGCACAAUUAUACAGAGCCGCUAACGCAUGCACACAGCAUCCACUGUCGUCGUAUGGAAAACAAUACAACAGAGAAAGCGUACAGAACAGUGGAAAAGCGUAUUGUUGUACUAAUAAAACUUAAACAAACCCGCAAGGAUCGAACAUGCACGAAGCGCGCAUUAAUUAAAUCACGGCAGGAUGUAAACGUUUUAACACUGCACACCCGUUGUGGUACACGACGGCACACGCAUAUACGUGCACAGGCGAAUGAGCCGGAUACUAAAACAACCAUACUUAACACGGUGUUUUGAACGUGUGCCACGUGGCGCGCCCAUUGUUACUCACGACACACAACAACAGCAACAAAAAAGAACAACCGCCAACUACCAUUUUAUUGUGUAAUUGUGUAAUUAUUACUUACUAUAAUUUAGCCAUACGCGUAGGGCAGCAUCCAUGUAACCCCGUCAUCUCACCCAGUCUCUCCCCCAUUAGUUUCGCUGUGUAUGUGUUAAACGAUAGCAAACGCCCUACACUAACAGACUAUCUCCCACAUGGUUGUAUACACUACUUCUUUGCUGUCCUUUUCCGUUGCGUUUCCUUCGUGAGAACGAAAAAAAAACAAUAAUAAUAAUAGUUAAACAAAUUGUUAGCCUUUUGUACAGUGGAGUGCUUUCGUGAGAGCCACACGCCAACUACUAAUACACGCGUUGUUUUAGAUAGUGUGUAGUGGGUGCGAUAAUCUGAAAUAUAGUAACGAAGAAAUCAAACCAACUCCCCCACUUUGAGCGUAUGAUAAUGAAGGUAAACCACACAAUAACAUCUUUAAAUAUCGCCCGAGCAAAGCUUUUUGUUUGCUCCCCCUGGCAGGGACGCGGUUCGAUGUUUUUCUUUUCUGCUUUUUGUGUUCCAUCGUCCAUCCGAACGCACCUUUUGCUCUAGUUAUUCGAAUGUACACAGCGCCUUAAACUAAUACAACAAGCACAUAACACACAUCAUGCUACUACUACUACUAGCACCAGCGCUCAUUAACAACGAAUCGAACGUUAUUUCGGUCGGUCCUCUCCUUUUGGCCUUUGGUAGAGUCCAGCGCACAAAGCUUUGAUCAUACGUUUCACUUUAAGUGUUUUUCAUUUGUCCCAUUGCUUAUCACACGCCUUUCCCGUGGCAAAAUUCUAUUUCGACUUUUCUUUAAGAAACAUUUGUUUAUCCUUUUAAAAGCGAUAAAUUGACAGAUUAUUUUAAAAUUCUGAACGUACACGAUGAUCGUUGUAUGAUUUUUUUUCGCUUUGCGUGCUUUCGCUGGCAAAGGUAGGAAAAAGAAGGACAGAUAACUUUUAGAACAAACGAACGACUAAGUGCUUAUCGUAUGAACGCGUAAGUAGCUUAUUUACGAUCACACUUAAUGAUGAUAAAAACGAAGCAAAACUGAACCGAAAGCAUCUAACACACUCGGAACUGUAUCAUGCAUCUGAUGGUAAAAGCGUGUAGAUGGAAGGAAACAAAAGCAGAUCACGAAACCCGCGUGCCUCAUCGCUAACGAAACACAUGCAGCAAAUAAGCAAAAAAAGUGUACGUUGAACCAGUGAGAUUAGUGAGAGACAGUAACACAGCAAUAUAUUUAUGUCGACAACACAGCAACAACAGGUACUAAAAUAAACAAAGCGUCAAGCAAUAAGGUUACAACUUAACACAACCUCACGUGUAGAGAAGGGUUUGAAUCUUUUUGUACUAAGCACGGAACAUAACAACAGUCACAAAAGCUACAAGUAAGUUACGAGAUCAUGCAAAAGGUUUCUAAAACGGUACUAAAAACAGAAACAAACGAAAUAAUAUUAAAAAGAAAAACAAUCCCAUUACACCCACAGCAAGUGGCAAUUGGAGGAAAAAGCAAACAAAAAAACACACAUACACCACUAGUCGUUGUUUAUAGGAAGUGUAAGGAAAUCAGAAGCAAUAGGUAACGCAGCUCUCGUGCGCCUGCAAGUAUAAUACAACGUAACACGCACAACGCAACAAAAAUCGUUCUACACGUUUUGUUAUUAUACAGUUAAAAAAGCAUGAAAAAUCUAUUAUGUUUUGUUUCUCCAUUCUCCUUCUAUUGGUAGCUUUCCCGUGGCCGCUCUCGCACGCAUAGCACAGAAGCUUUAGGGGCGGCUAACUAGGAGCACACUUAGAGCUUUCUUAAAUUAUUUCUAAUGUAAUCAAACUUAAAUUAUUCUAUCGCAACAGUAUGACGUGUUAUCGAUGUUUGCUGAGAGGCCUUUGCUCUGCCUCCAGGAGCGCGCAAUUUGCGACAAAACCCCAACAAACCAUUAUUAACACAUUCAAACAUGCAUGAUUCGAUUAAUACUGUAAUUGUAUAUAGGUACAGUGAUUUUCAUGAAAUAAUAAACGAAACACUACGAAAAACGCAAA